AUGUCCGAUCUUGAGCAAAGGAGGCUUCUCAAGCGCCUCGAUGCAUGCUUGAAGCGCCCCGAGAACCAACUAUGCGCAGACUGCCCCUCCCGCCAACCGCGCUGGGCGUCCGUCAACCUCGGCAUCUUCAUCUGCACGAACUGCUCGGGCAUCCAUCGCUCUCUCGGCGUGCACAUAUCGUUCGUGCGGUCCACGACGCUGGAC